AUGUCCACGGGUCUUGUCACGACCGUGAUUAAGACGAGCGCGGCCGACCUCUUUGCGCAGACGGUAAUGGAGGGCACAGAGUUCAAGGAUGUGGACUGGAAGCGUCACGCUGUGUUUUGCUCCUUUGGUUUCUUCUACCUGGGCGGCUUCCAAUACUACCUGUACAACCACCUCUUUGUCAAAUGGUGCCACGGCAUCACGCUGCGGGUCGGCCACUAUGGGUCUGCGCCCAUCAAGACCUUCAUCGACCAGGCCAUCCACCACCCGUUCUGCUACUUCCCGUGCCUCUACCUGACCAAGGGGGCAUUUGAGGGCCGCCCCAUCCAAUCCACCUAUAACACGUACAAGGUGGAGCUCUGGGAGAACUGCAAGGCCCUGUGGACGAUCUGGGUGCCGGCGCAGCUGAUCAACUUUGCGUUCGUGCCGCGCCACCUGCGCAUCCCCUAUGCGCCGGUCGCGGCCGCCGAGGCGGCGACUGUCCUGGAGUCGCGGCCGCAGGCGCAGCAGCAGACGCAGGCGCAGGCGCAGCAGCAGCUGCGUGCGGGCGGCAGUGCUACGAGCAGCGGUGGCAGCGUCGGGGACGACGGCGGCAGGGGGGGCAGCGGCGGCGGCAUGGUGGUCGCGAGCAAGGGGACUGUGCGGGGCCCUGCAAGCGCCGGCCUGGGCCUGAAGGCGCUGGUGGCUUCGCCCGAGGUGCAGACGUGA